CUUGCGUCAUGUGGUGGUGACCCAUCUGAGCACUAGAGCCACCUGUGCAGCUGAGAGCCCCACGUGCAAACAGCAGCUUUACAAAAUCACAGAUGGUUUAUGCGAUGUGUGAACAAUGCGGAUGAUUUUGCUUGAAUAAAUCAAAAGCAACCAGACUUUGGGCUAGAUCACAGCCCUCCUGGGUUAUCUGAGGAGAUAUGUAGGAGAGAACUGUGACUGCAGAAAGAAAGCCAUAACACUGAUACGAGGCAAUAAUAAUACAAAAUGAAAUUUCUUCCAAAGCCAAAGAGAGGUGGGACAAAGCAAGAGGAGUUUUCCACACUGCUUCCAUUUUUUCCAUUUCACUCACACUGUGACUCUACCAAACACUGACCCUCCUUUUUGCCCUGGUCGUGCCUGCAGACAGGCAUGAGGGAAAAAGUCUAACAUUUCUUAUCGAGGCAUUCAUGCUUGCAUUAUUUUGACAUUUGACUUUUUCGCACAAUCACUCCAGCUCUUUGCUUCUUUAGAUCACUUUAGAUCAGAUCAACCUGAGAUAUCUGUCUUCCAUUCAAGAUAGUGGAGCACACAAAGUCUCAUUGUCGAGCCAAACAGGUGUAAGCAGGUCUCAGGGUGUGCCACACAGUAUAAAUAGUUGAACAAAGGCCCAUUUUGGAUUGACAAGAGGUCGAAACCUGACACUAGGAGUGAUUCCACCCUGUGGAAACUCUACACGCACAGGGAGGCUGGACAGAAAAACAACAUUUAGAUUCUGAGAGGGUAAAGAGAAGAGGAACACUGUUGCUUCCACUACUGCUCCAGCUGGAUUUUCAAGUAGGAGACAGCAAGAAGACCCACCCACAGCUCCGUCCAGCUUUUAUAUCAGCUGGAAAAAAAAAGGAGGAGAAGAAGACAAGAAGGCGGACCACACCCAGAGUCCCAGCAGUCUCCUCCUCUCACCCUUCGGAGUUUUAAUCCAGGACAUCUCUGACAUCUUAGUGCCGGAAUAGCUGCCGUGUUGCUCAGCCUUGUGUGUCCUAUUCCGAAGUGUGCAUGUAUGAGUGUGCGUGUGUGCGUGUGUGUGUGUCUGAGUGAGAGAGAGUGAGUGUAUGAGAGGUGUGUUUUGACGCCGCUUAAGAGGCACCACCAGUCUUCUUUCUCCUGUCAGGAUGCCUGCACUAAAGGACCUGAUGCUGCUGCUGCUGUUACCUCUGGCCUUCCUGGCACUCCAAGCAUCUUUGUGCCAUGGAGCCUGCGUGGAGGUUGACUCAGACACGGAAGCCGAAGUUGACUCAGGCUUCAAACUUGGCUGCAUCUCCUGUAAAAGGAGGGGCGAGGUGUCUGCCGAGGCCUAUGUUGAAUGGGAAUUCAAACCCUUCAAUGACUCCGAGCCAAUCCCUAUAUAUCGCUAUGUAGAUGUAGAAAACAAAGAAUUUCUGGAUUCCACCCUAGGUUUCGAGAACCGUCUGGAAUGGAGAGGCAGCAAUAACACCAAAGACCUACAGGACGGCUCCAUUUAUAUCCACAAUGUGACCUUCAAUGACUCUGGAACCUACAUUUGCACAUUCUACCGCACUCUCAAGUACAACAACUACAACUUUCAAACCAACCGCACGAAGAAUAUCUUCUUGACAGUGGUGCCAAAACUCACAAGGGGAUUGGCAUCCAUCUUGUCGGAGGUGAUGAUGUACGCCUCCAUCAUCGGGCUGCAGCUUUGGCUUGUGGUUGAGAUGAUUUACUGCUACAGGAAGAUCGCAGCAGCAGGAGAGGAAGCAUUGAGAGAGAGCGCGGCUGAGUAUUUAGCUAUAGCAUCUGAAAGUAAAGAUAAUUGUGCAGGUGAACAAGUAGCAGAAUAGCACAGGUCAAUACAGAAUCCAAGUCUGCUUCCUUGAGGAAUUUCACAUCCACCUUAAUGUCUUCUCCUGUCACUGUCAUUCAUCGCCCCCGGUCCUCUCCACAUUACGGAAUGAAAUGGAAUGACAGAGAGGAAAAAAUAUCUUCCAAGAAAGGUUUUAAGUGACUUUCAGCAGAAGGACUGAACUGUAUCUCACACAGAGGGACUGGAGGGAUGCACCUGGUCAUGUCCAACCGGAAAGACGGAGAGAGCGAGAGAGCUUUGUGUAAAAUAGGUGUACAAGUUUGCACAGAUAAUCCUUGAACAUAAGUAGAGUAUAUUAUCAGAACUGUAUAUCCAAAAUCUGCAUGCUUACAAGCUUUUAAAACGACCGGCAUCAUGCUCUCUGUGUUCUGUCACAGCCAUGUUUUUUUAAGAGUUUUUAGUCAUUUUUUUCAUACUGUAUUUGAUGCCACUAGUUGUGCUUUAGAUGAUACAGGUUUUAUAAAUUUGAUAUUUAACUGUGAUGAUUUAUAAAGCGGGAGUUAAGGUUUAGAAUUGAUUUACUUUUAAAUAGUCAUUAGACUUAAUUUGCCCAUUUUUUUUUUGACAAUAUGUAACGGUCCAGAGUCCAGUGGAAACACACUUGUCCUUGGGUUAAAUGUUUAAUUGUGACCUAUUUUGAUGCCAAAGUUGAUCUGCAGCGUUUAAUCAAAUUCAGCAAAGAUUAGUUAGAGUUGUCAGCUUCUUAACCAAAGGAGAACACAGCAAUUGAAAAAAAAUGUCCAUCAUGUCAGCAGUGGCCACAGAAAGGUCACGGUGUGAAUUUAAAGGUCACUUAUCUUUGCAUUUUUGGCCAUAUGUAUGGUCAAAUCCCAGCUGACAAUGCAUAGCCUUUUUGGUUUAAAUGGGAUGUCACUUUUUGAGCAGAUAAGAAGAGCAAUGAGUGAUGAAUCUCACUUUUCAAGUCAUUUUAUCAGCAGGUUUGAAUAAAACAACUCUACAGGAAUGUGACUGCAGUUGCAAAGCAGCAUAAAUGUCAUUUGUGUAAUGUGAAUUCUACUUCAGCUUGAGCUCCAGGAGGCUAUUUAAUGACCAUGUACGAAGUAUUCAGAGAGUUUUAAGUCAUAACUUCUAUAAUGCACAGAACAUGCACUCAUAACAAACUUAAAGUGCAAGGUCAAACUUGUGAGAAAAACUUCUCAGUUGUGUUUUAAAUGUGAAGGAUUGGACUCGGAAAUCAAGAUUAGAUAAUGUUGUCCCAAACUCUUUGACAACAUAUUGAAGGAUUUUACAGUUUUUUUUAAGAUGCUUAAACUCUCAACGGAUAAAUCAGCUAAAUUUCCCAUGACAAUCAAAGCUAAAUAUCAGUGAAAUACUAUUUAAUUGUAGCAUAGUAAGAGGCCUUUAAAGCAGAUCACCCUGUUUGAACCGGCUGUGAAACAUUUCAAGCUAGUCGUCUUUUUUUUUUUUUUUUUUUUUUUUACAUUUUCUUCUUCAAUUUUUAGAGCUGGAAGAAAUGUCUCACUACAACAGGAGGGUCAGGAGUGAAAAAAAAAAAAAAGAUCGGCACCAGUGGAGAAAGUGUGACUUCCAGUGAUGUUUAAGAUGAUGAUUUAUGUUUAACUGUCUGACCUAAAGCACCUAGCAGGUGUUGCAGAUUAGCAUCCACUAUAAACACGAUGAUACUUGCAUUGGAUGGCUGUUUCCAGUUCGUCUAUGUAUAUUGUAUGGUAUAAGGUAAAUGUUACAUGGACUUCGUAUAAGGCUUUUUUUAUUCUUCCGAUUUCUCAAAGUACACCGCAGGUCACAACUACCCAUUCACACACUGAUGCUAGAGGCUGCUAUAUGCAAAGUCUUCAUCAAGAGUAACUAAUCCCAUUCAUACACCACCGACAAAGCAGUGGGAGCAACUUGGGGUUAGUGUCUUGCUCAUGGACACAUCACACAAUCAGCUGCAUGAGCUGGGGAUCGAGCCUCCGAUCUUCCGGUUAGGAGACGACCGACUCUACCAACUGAGUAGUAUCUAGUAUCUAUAGAGUACCGUAUGUGUCCCUAUCAAAUAUACACCAAAAAACAAAUUGUGGCUGUACCAAUAAAUCAUAAGGGCCAUGAAAGAGGCAGUUUAAGCUUUAAUGUGUCUGUGUGGAAAAUGUUGAUGUGUUACACAAAUGUCUAAGUGUCUUUGUAGAAACAUAAGGGCUUCGCUUAUUGCUAUAAUCUAACUGCCAGUGGGUAAAUGUACCACAAAACCUGUCCAGUGUGCCUCCCAAGAUGGAAACCAAAAGAAAAAAAAAGUCAAGAGCGAAAAUCUUGACACAAAACUCUGGUGUCAAAACUGUUAUUGCAGAGUUUUCGGCGAUGGGUUACCAUUAGAUGGCAGCAUAACACUGCCGUUCUGCAUGCUUACUAAUCAUCUCUUUUGUACCCAAACUGUCUGACAUACUGAAAAGGAGACGCUCACAAACUGAUAUAUUAAUACAGACUUACAAGCAUGCUUACAGCUGGAAUACUGAGAGGGUGCACUUUUAUUUUCAGAACUUAUACAGAAUAUUAAAUAAGUUACUCGCUGAAAAAAAGCUGAGUAAUUUUAAAGGUUAUCGAAGUUAUUGUAAACACUGCUGAACGAAGGGUUUUGGGAUAUGCAUCAUUUAAAUAUGAACCAUUUUCCCUGCAUAAAAGACACAACCAGUAAAAAUGAAUCCUGCCCCGCACAGCUUCCCACAUUGUUUUGUCUGCUUUGUGAACACGUGUUUUCUCUCAGCGACUCAUUAAACUGCUGUUUUCACUUCACAUUUAGGUGUUUGUUGCUUGCCAAUAUCAAGAAAGAAGAGAGAUGGAAAUAACAGUGACACAGAAAGAAAUAAAACACUUGUGAGAAAAACGA